AUGUCCUCCGGGGCCAGCGUGUACGCCCUGCAGCGCCUGGUGGAGCAGCUCAGGCCGGCGUGGAGAGGAUCAAGGUCUCUCAGGCGGCUGCUGAGCUUCAGCAGUACUGCACGCAGAAUGCCUGCAAGGAUGCCCUGCUGGUCGGAGUUCCAGCGGGUAGCAACCCCUUCCGGGAGCCCAGAUCCUGUGCUUUACUCUGAAGACUGGAAAGAAGUUUGCUAA